UCCCUAUGGCAUCUCCAUCUUUUUCAUCCUCCUCUUCUCCCAAUUGGCGAUACGACGUCUUUCCGAGCUUUAGAGGUGAAGAUAUCCGUAAAAACUUCCUCAGCCACUUUCUCAAGGAGCUGGAAAGGAAAAUGAUCUCUGCUUUCAAAGACAUGGAGAUGGAGAGAAGCCAGUCUAUCUGGCCCGAGAUUGUACAUGCGAUUAGAGAAUCAAGGAUUGCAGUGGUCUUGUUCUCCAAAAACUACGCAUCUUCAGUCUGGUGUCUGAAUGAAUUGUUGGAGAUCAUGAGGUGCAGGGAAGAGCUGGGCCAAAUCGUGAUUCCGGUUUUCUACGUUUUGGAUCCUUCCCAGGUGAGGAAACAGAACGGAGACUUUGGGAAGAUCUUUAACAAGACUUGCCAGAACAAAACAAAACAAGUGAAAGAACAAUGGCAGAAAGCGUUGACUGAUGUGGCUAAUAUCCUCGGAUUUCAUUCUGAGAACUGCGCUGGUGAAGCUAAGAUGAUUGAAGAAAUCACCAAUGAUGUUCUGGGUAAACUGAAAGUAACCCCAUCAGAAGAUUUUGGGAACUUUGUUGGCCUCAAAGAUCAUAUGAAAAAUAUGAGUUCAUUAUUGGAUUUGGAAUCCAAGGAAGUGAAGAUGGUUGGGAUAUGGGGCCCUUCCGGAAUUGGCAAGACUACAAUUGCAAGAGCUCUAUAUAGUCGACUCUUACGUCAUUUCCAAGGUAGAAUCUUCAUAGACAGGAGUUUCAUAUCUAAGAGUAAAGAAAUUUAUAGUAAAGCCAACGACUAUAACAUGAAGUUGCACUUGCAAGAACAAUUUCUGUCUAAACUGUUAGGCAAAGAGAGCAUACAAGUAGAUCACUUAGGUGCGGUGAGAGAGAGGCUAAAGCAUCGAAAAGUUCUUAUCUUUAUUGAUGACUUGGAUGAUAAAGUGGUGCUAGACGCCCUGGUGGGUCAAAAUCAAUGGUUUGGAAGUUGGAGCAGAAUCAUUGUGGUUACAACUGAUAAGCAUCUACUAAAGUCCCAUGGGAUUGAUUGCAUUUACGAGGUUGAUUUCCCAUCUGAAAAGACGGCUCUUGAGAUGUUGUGUCGAUAUGCCUUUAACAAAAACGUUCCAGAUGAAGGUUUUGAGAAGCUCGCAGUUGAAGUCGCACAACUUGCGGGUAGUCUUCCCUUGGGUCUUAGAGUUUUGGGUUCGUAUCUGCGGGGCAGGGGCAAAGACCAUUGGAUAAGCAGUCUGCCGAUAUUAAAGGAUAGUUUAGAUGUGGACAUUAAACAUGUAUUAAGAUUCAGUUAUGAAGGGUUAUCUGAGGAAGAUCAAGCCUUAUUUCGUCACAUUGCAUGUCUCUUCAAUUUGGAGAAAGUUGAUGACAUCAAGCUGCUACUCGAAGAUAGUUUUAAGAGUUUUGAAAUUGGGUUUGCAAACCUAGUUGCAAAAUCUCUUGUACAUGUAAGAUUGAAUAUUGUGGAAAUGCACACUUUGCUACAACUACUGGGUAAGGAGAUCGUCCGUGAACAGUCCCGUAAUCCGGGAAAACGAGAGUUCAUUGUGAACUCUGAGGAUAUUUGUGAUGUACUUGAAGACUCUGAUGGUACCAAAAGGGUGUUAGGUAUAUCAUUAAAUAUAGAUGAGAUCGGUUGGUUUUUAAUACAUGAGAAUGCUUUCAAAAAGAUGGGCAAUCUCCGUUUCCUAACAAUUUUCACGAAUAAAUAUAUGCUCGACAAAAAGGUGCACUUACCAGACAGCUUCGACCAUUUGCCGCCUAAACUCAAAUUGUUAUGUUGGGAAGGAUAUCCAAUGAAAAGUUUGCCUUCUAAUUUUUGCCCUGAAAGACUCGUCAAGCUCAAAAUGAAGAAUAGCAAGCUCGAAAAGUUGUGGGAAGGAUCUUGGAACCUAACAUGUCUCAAGGAGGUGAACUUGUGGGGAUCUGAAAACCUAAAAGAGAUCCCAGAUCUUUCCAGGGCCACCAAUCUAGAGAAGCUGUAUCUUUGCUAUCGUUUGAGUUGGGUGAAGAUUCCUUCCUCUAUGCAGAUUUUCAAUAAUCUAACAAAGGUGGAAACUCUUCCAACCCCCAUUAACCACGAAACUACCAAAGGCCUCCAUGUCGCAGAGUUUUGUAUGGAUAACUUAAAAUUUGAGAAACUAGUGGAAGGAAUACAGCCGCUGAUGUGCAUGGGAACGAUGCUGCCUACCUCUUUGAAGGUGUUGUUUCUCUCAGAUAUCUCAAAUAUGGUGGAGCUUCCUUUCUCUAUUCAGAAUCUCAAUAACCUAACGGACAUGAAGAUUAUAAGAUGCAUGGAUCUGGAGAUUCUUCCAACUGGAAUCAACCUUGUAUCUCUGGAACGACUCAAUCUCAAUGGAUGCUCGCGCUUGAAGACCUUUCCUGAUAUCUCAAGAAACAUCUCAUCCCUUUAUCUAGAAGAAACAGCAAUAGAAGAGGUCCCUCCGUGGACUGAGAACUUCUCUAAGCUCAAAUAUCUACUCAUGCAAAGAUGCGGUAAGUUAGAGUACGUAUACCUAAACGUUUCUAAACUGAAACAUCUCGAGUUGGUCAACUUUUCGCAUUGUGGGGAAUUGACUGGUGCUGAUUUGAGCGGUUAUCCAAGUGGCACAGCAUUGGAAGGAGAGAUUAUUGGCACGGAGUUACAAGCCUCCUCUUCUAUUCCAGACAAUAAUGUCCCAAAAGUCGAGUUCAGUUUCAUCAACUGCUUCAAGUUGGAUGAAGAAGAUGUUCUUCAACAACUCUCAUACGAGAAACUCAUCUUGUCCGGUGAAGAAAUGCCGUUAUACUUCACUCACCGAACUACGGGAACCUCUAUGGCCUUCCCUCUUGCUCAGACCCCUCACUCUCCGCCAUUCUUCAGGUUUAGGGUUUGCGCUGUGGCUGUUUUCGACUCUAAGCCCACCUCUGGUACCAUUGGAGUCUUUACAAAGGUAAAUUGUCAAUUCAAAAGCAGACUCGGAAGUUACUAUGAAUCCCCCUAUCAACACGACUACUUCUCCGUAUAUCAGAACGGUAGUUAUCUUCUUUUACUAGACUGUGUUGUUUCUCUGAAGAAAGACAAUGCUACUCCAACUGAAGUGGACUACGAUUACGUGAAUAUACAGUUUCAUAUGAGUAGUAGCAAGUUCAAAUUAAAAGAAUGGGGUAUACGACUCUCGGAGGACUGUUCAUCAGUGGAAAACCGAGUUGGUUAUACAAACGCUAUUCCACAAAUUUGUGAAGCCGAUGAAGACAAUGUGGUUAAUGCAUUUGAUGAUACGAGACUGAGCAUGGUGAAGAGUGUGGGGACAGCUGUAGAUGGAGAGAAGGAAGCGAAUAUGACUACCUGAAGAAAGUUUGAUUCUUUGAUUGUGAAUCUUCAUGAAACAUGGCAAUGAAACGAGUCGUCGUGCUGGUUGUAAUGGAGGACAUGCAGAGAUUUUUCACUUCCUCCUUGGGUUAAAAAAAUGUCAUAAACCCUCUAAAUAAGAACCUAAAGAUUCUGCCACGGACCAAAGAGUUGGUUCACUGGUGAUUUCAUACACUGCCUUUCGGUUCCUAUUUUUUUUAUCAAGUUAUGUUUUAGUCUAUGAAAAUUGAUAUACGAUUUGGUUAGACUAAGCAUUUAUCAAGUGUCUGCUGCUCUACUUAUAUAUAUUUGCUGUAAUCUUAUGUGAAAUAAUAUGUUUCCCCUCUC